AUGGGCAAAACAUUCAAGAAUGUCACCUUAAGCGUGAUAGGUGAAUUCGGGCCCAAAGCAGACAAAUUCAAGCAAUGGGUUGAAGCCAACGGUGGUAAAUUUUCGAAAGAAGUUAAUGACCAAGUCACGCAUUUACUAUCUACCAAGGAAGCCUUCAAAAGAGCCAACACCGUUGUACGAGCGGCCAAACGCAUCAAGGGUUUGAAGAUCGUUUCCUCAGACUGGUUGGAAGACUCGCUCUUAUCCAAAUCACGACGUCCAAAGCGUGAAGGCCCUUACCUAUGGUCUCAUUUGACUAAAAAUGUAAAGAAGAAAUGUGCAGCAAGACAGGAUGUGAACAAGGAGCCAAAGGCCGGUCUGAAAAACGGUCGAUAUACCCGCCUUUUCUAUGGAAUUCUAAAGCUACAUGGCUAUUUGGCUAAUAAUAAUCUCCCUAAAUCAGGCCUUGCACGGAAGAAAAACUCAGAACUAGGUGGAAUACCUCUACACCUAAGCUUAUGCGGAAAGCAAUAUUCUAAUGACUACUUUUUCGCAGCUGGACAUCACGUCUACUCAGAUGCAGCUGGGACUCGCUACAUGGCAACCCUAGUUCGGCCAAUUGAAGCUUCUAAAGCAAAGGAAAAGCAUGUUCUAAAGGUAUCAAUAUACCGAAAGCCCCAUGUCAUCCUUUACGAAUCAGACCAUACUCCGCAUAUAUACGCUGUCUUUGCAAAAUACACGCGUCCAGGACGAGUCGGGUCAGAUUAUAUAACUCCUGUAGGGAAUCCUUUAUCUACAGCUCUAAAGGAAUUCAAUAAAUUCUUUCUCGGGAAGGCAGGCAAGUCCUGGGAUCAAAGAGAGGGUCCACCUAAGCCUAAGAAGGGACAAGCUGAUGGAAAAAUUUGCUCAUGGGAUAACUGGUUUGAAUAUGUUGCUGAGCCCUCAACACCCGUUACUGCUACCCUAAAUGCAGAAGCAUAA